GGGAUCAUGGGGGAAAGCGCAUUGGAACCGGGGCCUGUGUCCGGAGUCCCGGCUGGGGGCCCUGUGCACGCUGUAACGGUGGUAACCUUGCUGGAGAAACUAGCCGCUAUGUUGGAGGCGCUACGGGAGCGGCAGGGCGGCCUGGCUCGGAGGCAGGGCGGCCUGGCGGGCUCUGUGAGCCGCAUCCAGAGCGGCCUGGGUGCACUGAGCCGCAGCCACGACACCACCAGCAAUACGCUAGCGCAGUUGCUGGCCAAGGCGGAGCGUGUGGGUUCGCACGCCGACGCAGCCCAGGAGCGCGCAGUGCGCCGGGCCGCCCAGGUGCAGCGGCUCGAGGCCAACCACGGGCUGCUGGUGGCGCGCGGGAAACUCCACGUCGUGCUCUUCAAGGAGGAAACCGAAAUUCCAGCCCGUGCCUUCCAGAAGGCGCCUGAACUGUUGGGCCCAGCUGAUCAGUCCGAGGUGGGUCCAGAGCAGCCAGAGGCCGAAAUUGGGGAGAGCUCGGAUGAGGAACCCGUGGAGUCCCGGGCGCGACGACUGCGGCGUACCGGGUUGCAGAAGGUGCAGAGCCUGAAAAGGGCUCUUUCGGGCCGGAAAGGCCCUACAGUACCACCAACUACGCCGGUCAAGCCACCUCGCCUUGGGCCUGGCCGGAGCACUAAUGGCCAGCCGGAAGCCCUGCCUGCAGCCCAACCUGCUCAGGAGUCUACGCUGGAGCCAAAGCCUCUGCUGGACACGGAGGAAGAAGAUCUCAGGAGACCAGAGGCUGCGGAAGCUGCCCUGCUCCAAAUAGAGAGUGAAGCCUAA